AGCAGCGGAAGAGCGUGGGAACUCGGUAAUCACACAAAGAAUCGCGUUUACUUCACGCGAACUUCUGAAGUUCUGCUGAUAAUGAGGAAUAUCAGUGAGGUCUCUCUAGGGAGUUCGAGUGACAAUGAAGAGUUUCAGUAGAGUGAAUUUUUGGAACAUCCGUUUGAGAAAUGCAGAAUUCGAGUAAAGUGUAUUUUCAAAUGCUUUGCUGCAACAACAGAAAGCUCAUGACUUCAACGGAUUAGAGCUGACAUAUGUCAGCACUGGACUGUGCAAAAUGUAUUAAUAUUUUUAUAUAAAAUUAGUAGGGAGGAAAGAAUUCUACGACUCUUAUCUACCAAGAUCUGUGAAACACAUCAAGCGGUGAAUUUGUUCAGUGUACCUUCUGAAUUUACAGAUAGAUGGAUCGAAAUUAAUUAGGCACAAGUGACCUCGUAACAUCUGGUGGAUGACAAUAUUUUAGGGAACUCAAAACUCAUUGAAUUAUCUAGUGACACGAAGGAAUGAGUGCAGGACCUCACGCUCAGGCGCAACUUUAGAGAGAUAACAGGAUGUCUGCAUUGGAACUGGCUUGAAGCAGAGACCCGCAAGAUGCUUCUAGGCACGUGCUACACUCCGGAUCACCCGGACACAAUGAAACACCACCACCAUCAGUUACCUGCCACGUCCUCCACUUCCAGGACCUCCGCGACGUCGUCUACGUCAUCGAGUCCCGCGUCCUCGACGUCGCUCUUCACGAUAGACAGCAUCCUGGCGCCCAGACCGUCUCACCCAUCGGCGGCGCAGCAAGCACACGUGUUGCAGUCGCACCAGAGGCUGCCCCCAGCAGUGCUGCAUCACCCCCUGCAUCUGGGCCACCUCGCCGCAGCGGCCGCGUCCGGCUUCGGCGCCACUUCUGCCGACUUCCUCGCCGUGGCCUACCCGAACUUCUACCCGGCGGCCGGAUACAUGUCGCACGCAGCGGCCGCUGUCAGCGCAGCUGCCGCGGCGGCGGCGUCCAUGAGCGUAGCUGUGUCGGGCGCCCCGGGGCACCAUCACCACGGACUGCACCACCACCACCACCACUCGGCGCCACCUCCCAAGAGGAAGCGACGCCACCGCACCAUCUUCACGGAGGAGCAGCUGGAGCAGCUGGAGGCCACGUUCGACAAGACGCACUACCCGGACGUGGUGCUGCGCGAACAGCUUGCCCUCAAGGUGGACCUGAAGGAGGAGCGCGUUGAGGUCUGGUUCAAGAACCGGAGGGCAAAAUGGCGGAAACAGAAAAGAGAGGAGCAAGAGCGGAUCCGGAAGUUGCAAGAGGAACACGCAAGCAGGAAACCGGCGGAAGGCUGCAGUAUGGACCCGGAUGUUACGUCACAUCUGCGCCGACUGAGCGAAGCAGACGAGUCAUCUGAUCUGGAAGUUGCGUAAUGCUAUUGCAGUUCGCUUUGGAGCAGCGUCAGUUCACAGACUGAGCUCAAACCGUUCGUCUGGCAUUCAAUUUCCUCUGUUUAAGAUUCCCAAACAAACUUUAUCCUGGAUUUAACAAUAAAUACUUAAAGAAAUCAGUGAAAAUUUUCCGUACGUUUAGUGUCGACUUUGUAAAUUGUUUCGACUUUUUUCUUUUGCGACAUAGAAUCAUCCUAAAUACACAGGGACGGACAGACGACUUUUGGCCCUCACAAGUAAUACAACGAGUUAAAUACAACGUGUCUUGUUAUCAAGGUUAAGUAUGCAGUAGUUUCAGAAUAGUUAGUUCUUAUUAUACAG